AUGACGUCCGACCCCCGCCCAAAACAAGAUCGGAAUACAGGGUCAAUAUAUCACGCAAACUUAUCGCCUGCUCAAGUCAUUGCAGAGGCGUGGCGACGCGAGUCUCCACAAAGCCAAGAAUUUUGGCGGCAAGCAGAGGCAAAACGCAAGGAACUCUACACAAUACCCAGAUCACCUAACCCACGGGGAAAGAUGUAG